AUGGCAGCCGUGCAGCCUUGUGGUGGUGCCGCGGUUUCUUGCGGUCGGUCGAGCAGGAGCAGCAAAUGGGCUAUUUCACCAAAAGGGUCUAACUGUUUUCUUCAUAGGCGGAUAAAUUUCAGUAAUGGUGGUCGUGGUGACAUAUGUUGUCUGUCCUUGAGGAGGGAAAAAGUGUUAUUGUCUUGUUCUGUUAUUCCUCAUAGGAAGCAGUUUUCCCCAAAGUUAACUUGUCAAUUUGGCUCGGAUUAUAGCGUUGGGUCUGGUGAUGCGGACGAGAGCUCUCUCGUAGGGCUGGAACUUAAUCCCUUAAAGAAUUCUAGUGAAGUGACUGACGAGUUCAAUGGGGCAUCUUCAGCUGAUGUCGAAGAUUUUAAUGAUAAUUUAAGGGAAGAUCUUUCGAAUGCAUCCAAAUUGAAAGAUGUUAGGCGCGAUCUCUUAAUGCUGUCUUUACCAGCAAUUGGUGGGCAGGCCAUCGAACCAAUGGUGCAGCUUAUGGAGACUGCAUAUAUUGGUCGCUUGGGUUCUGUGGAGUUGGCUUCAGCUGGUGUCUCCAUAUCACUUUUUAACAUCAUCUCGAAGCUUUUCAACAUUCCUCUUCUCAGUGUUGCAACUUCUUUUGUGGCUGAAGACAUAUCAAAAAAUGCAGGCAGGUUCUCAGCAACAGAAAAGCUGCAGCUCUCCUCAGUUUCCACAGCUUUAACUCUAGCUGUUGGCAUUGGUAUAUUCGAGGCUAUGGCCCUGUCUUUGGGAUCAGGAACUCUUCUCGGCUUUAUGGGAAUAUCACCGGUUUCUUCAAUGCGUGGCCCUGCACAACAUUUUCUCAUUCUGCGGGCCCUUGGUGCUCCAGCUUUUGUUGUUUCUUUGGCACUUCAAGGAAUUUUCCGUGGUUUCAAGGAUAUGAAGACUCCCGUAUUUUGUUUAGGUGUUGGAAAUUUAUCUGCUGUGCUUCUUUUCCCUUUCUUCAUGUAUUAUUGUCAGUUGGGUGUUUAUGGAGCUGCCAUUUCCACCGUUGUCUCUCAAUACAUCGUUGCCUUCUUAAUGAUUUGGCAUCUUAAUAAGAGAACUGUAUUGCUGCCUCCAAAACUCGGAGAACUACAGUUUGGUGAUUACCUUAAAUCAGGUGGUUUUCUUAUUGGGAGGACUCUUGCUGUUCUGCUGACAAUGACACUUGGCACAUCCAUGGCGGCUCGUCAGGGACCAAUUGCAAUGGCUGCUCAUCAAAUAUGUCUUCAAGUCUGGCUUGCUGUUUCCCUUCUUACUGAUGCACUUGCUGCUUCAGCUCAGGCCUUGAUCGCUGGUUACAUAUCUAAAGAUGAUUACAGGACUGUGAAGGACAUCACACACUUCGUAUUAAAGAUAGGAUUCAUUACCGGAGUUUCCUUAGCUCUAAUCCUAGGUUUUUCGUUUGGGUCCCUAGCCACAAUAUUUACCAAGGAUGCAGAAGUUCUGGGAGUUAUUAGAAAUGUCAUUCUGUUUGUUAGCGCCAGUCAACCUAUAAAUGCCCUAGCUUUUAUUUUCGAUGGACUUCAUUAUGGUGUCUUGGACUUCCGAUAUGCUGCGAUUUCAAUGGUGCUGGUCGGGGCAGUGUCCUCUGCUUUUUUGCUAUUUGUUCCUAGAACAAUUGGACUUGUUGGUGUUUGGUCUGGUUUGACUCUCUUCAUGGGACUUCGAAUGGUGGCUGGAAUUAUCAGAUUAUUGCAACGGAGGGGUCCCUGGUGGUUCCUACAUGGCACUGGCUUUAAGCCCGAGGUGCCGUUAGUUGAGUGA